UCUUAGCAUAGACUAUAGUUUUUUCUUCUUCAUCUCUCUCUUUUUCUCUCUUUCUUUUUUCCCUCUCUCUCCCCCCCCAAAAAAAAGUACUAUCAUGUUGAUCAUAAGGGGGUUGUUUCUUGAUUGAAUCACAUGAUUUGAAAAGAGAGAGUCAAAUCAAAAUCGAAAGAAAUUUUAUCUAUCUGUCUGUCUAUCUAUCUUUCGCAUGUUUUGAUCUAUUCACAAGUUGAGGUGGAAUUGAGUACAGAGCAUAGUUUCCUCUUUGCAUGUUGAAAGAAGAAAGUGAUAGAAUUUCAGACAUAGAUAUAUAGAUCAUACUAUAUAUUUAACAAGGUGGGUUUAAUUUAAUUUUAUGUUUCUAUAUUUAUAUAUGAUGUUUACUUACUCUUGUUUUGGUUGGUGAAACUUUUUUAUGUGUGUGUGUUUUUGUGUCUAUGUCUGAAAACAAAAAUUCUGUUUUUCAUUUUCUCAUAGGUUUUGUGUCAUUGUAAUUGGAAAUUGUGUGCAGAGAUUGAGAUAAAGAACCACGUGUACACUUCAAUUCACAUCACAAUCUGCAGGUACUAUACUAACAUAGAUAAAGAAAUUUCUUCUUCUUAUGCUUCUUUAAUUCUUAUUAUAAAAAAAAUAAAAAUAAACUUGUUAUUUUUUUACCCUUUUUUCUCUUCUUCUUUCACUCUUUUGUACUUGUCUUCACUCUUGUGAAGUCUCUUCCCUUUUUGUACCAAUAAAAAAAAAUCACUUCCCUUUGUAAAAAGCUUCCAUGUGUUUUCUCAUCAUUCAUUUCCUUUUUAAAGUCUCUAUAGAGUCCACCUUUGUGGUUAAAAGAAUUUUAACAAAGAAGAAAAAAAUUUCAUCUAUAGCUUAAUUUGGAAAAUUGAAAUUAAUAAAUUUAUCUCAUAAUUCAAUAUUAAGUACUAUGUUAAAUAUUAUUUUAUUUUUUUGUGAAAAAAAAUUCAAUAUUGAUCUACUUUGUAAAAUUCAUUGAUUCAUUUUCUUCUUUACUAGGAAUUAAUUAAUACUCUUGUGUUGCAACAAUAAAAUCAGCUUCAAUUAUUGAGAUUUUGAUGGAAGGUUGAUCCACAACUUACACACCAACCAGAUUCACAAAGCUGAAAGAGUGAAGUAACAAAGCAAAAGAAAAAGAAAAAAAGGCAAAAAAAAAAAAAAUGGCAACUUAUUUUCAUAAUAAUUCAGAAAUUCAAGGUGGUUCUGCUGAUGGCCUACAAACACUCAUAUUCAUGAACCCAUCAGGCUACAUCAAUUACUCCGACACGCCGCAACCGCCGCCACAUGCCGGAAACCUUGUAUUUCUAAAUUCAGCAGCCACACUAGCCGGCAACGGCAACACCUCAAUCCAACAACAACAUAAUCUAUCUCACGCGCCACCACAAUUUGUUGGGGUCCCGCUCUCGGCAGAACAAUCAGUACAAGCUCAUCACGACAUCUCCGCCUUGCAUGGGUUCCCACCGCGCAUGCAGUACAAUUUGUGGAACGCUGCUGACCCAAAUUCGGCGGCGCGUGAGGCUACACGCGCUACACAGGGGCUGUCUUUAAGCUUACACGCACAAGGUUCGGGCGAGGAUGCACGAGUUUCGGCUGGUGGGUCGUGUUCCUCUGCUUCAAACAACGGUGUUUCAGGGAUUCAGAGUGUGUUGUUAAGUUCUAAGUAUUUGAAAGCUACACAAGAAUUACUUGAUGAGGUUGUUAAUGUUAAUGGUGGAAUUAAGGUUGAAAGUGUUAAGAAAAGUUUUGAGAAAAAUAAGGUUGUUGGAGAAUCUUCAACUGCUGUUAGUGGUGAUGGUGGUUCUGUUGGUGGUGAUGGAAGUGGAAAACGUAGCUCUGAAUUAUCAACUACAGAGAGACAAGAAGUUCAGAUGAAGAAGGCAAAGUUAAUUAACAUGCUUGAUGAGGUGGAACAAAGGUACAGACAAUAUCACAACCAGAUGCAAAUGGUGAUAUCCUCAUUUGAACAAGUUGCAGGAAUUGGCUCAGCAAGAACUUACACUGCACUUGCAUUACAAACAAUUUCAAAGCAAUUUAGGUGUUUAAAAGAUGCUAUUACUGGCCAAAUUAGAGCUGCAAAUAAAAGCUUAGGAGAAGAUGAUAGCUUUGGUGGCAAAAUUGAAGGGUCUAGACUUAAAUAUGUUGAUCAUCAUUUAAGGCAACAAAGAGCUAUUCAACAAUUGGGAAUGAUGCAUCAUAAUGCUUGGAGACCUCAAAGAGGAUUGCCUGAAAGAUCUGUUUCGGUUCUUCGUGCUUGGCUUUUCGAACACUUCCUUCAUCCUUAUCCAAAGGAUUCAGACAAACACAUGCUGGCAAAACAAACAGGACUUACUAGGAGCCAGGUUUCAAAUUGGUUCAUAAAUGCUCGAGUUCGACUUUGGAAGCCAAUGGUGGAAGAAAUGUACACGGAAGAGAUGAAGGAGCAAGAGAUGAAUGGUUCUGAGGAUAACAAAUCAAGCAAGCAUAUUGAUGAAGACACUUCAAUGAAAUCAACAACUCCACAACAAGUUCCAACCUCAGAAACAGAAUCGAAAAGUUUCAAUUCGAAACAAGACAUUCCUAUAGUUUCAGUUUCAACACAAUCAACUUCACCAAUUGGUGUGAAUGUUAGAAACAAUAAUUCCGGAUUCAGCUUCACAGAACUUGAUGGAAUAACACAAGCAAGUCCAAAGAGAACAAGGAACCAUGAAAUCCUUCAAUCACCAAAUCAUGUGAAAUCAAAUGAGACAAAUAAUAAUAAUGAACAAAUUUCAAUGAAAUUUGGUGAUGAUAGACAAAGUAGAGAUGGUUAUUGUUUCAUGGGAAAUCAAACUAAUUUCAUCGCCGGUUUCGGUCAAUAUCCGAUGGAAGAAAUCGGUAGAUUUGAUGCUGAACAAUUCACACCAAGGUUUUCAGGUAACAACAAUGGUGUUUCACUCACUCUUGGUUUACCUCAUUGUGACACAUUAUCAGGAACACAUCAAAGUUUUAUGCCAAACCAAAACAUUCAACUAGGAAGAAGAUUGGACAUUAGUGAACAAAAUGAGUUUGGUGAUUCUUCAGCUGCAUUUGAGAGUAUGAACAUGCAGAAUCCAAAAAGAUUUGCUGCACAAUUAUUGCCAGAUUUUGUGGCCUAAAUAAGACAUUGAAGGGAAAAUGGUGACAACAUUGAUUCUGUUUUUCUCUUGAUUUCUUCAAAUCUAUGUGUUUACUUUUAAAAAAAAACGGGACAUCCUCUUCGUACAAUGGUUGUGAUUAAUCUCUCGAGUAUGGUAGGACCACAUUGAUUAAUGUUGUUGCAUUACCAGGGCUAGAUUCUAAUUGAGGAUCUCUAGUUAAACUUGAAGAGACAUGAAUCAUCUUGUUCAGACGCUCCUAGGUAUGUCUAUCAUUACUUUGGGAGUAGUGAAGUAUUGUAGUGUAUAAAGAAAGAAGGAAUUUUAAUAUUAUAGUAUAGGUUUAUACCCUGCAUAGAACCACUUGAGUUCUUAGAUAGCAUAGGGAUUUGAAAGUAUAUGGUUGAGGUUGUAUAUUAUUUUUGUAACUUUUGGUAAUGGGAUAGAUGGGUUUAUAUCAUAAAGUUUCAAUUGGUAAAGAUACCAAUAUAUCUUUGAUUGAAAAA